GACAGAUGAUUGUCCGCGUUAUUAACUAUGUUUGAGGCGUGCAGACCACGCCUCCUUCACCUACUAGUCCUCCCCUUUGCGUGCAGACCACGCCUCUUUCACCUACUAGUCCUCUCUCCUGUUUGGCAUCCCAGAGAUGGUCCAAAGUGAUUCCUCAGGGAAGGAAAAAGAGCGCAAAUCACCCGAGCGGGAGAUGAGGAGGAGUUGAGCCGCUGCUGCCCGGGACUGCCGCUUAAUUGCGCGUAAUCUUCCGUUUCAUUCAUCUGAGCUGAGAGAGAGAGGAGGGGAAGACUUUGUAAAUAAGGAAACGGAGCUAAGGAAAGCGAAACGCGUUUUCAUCUCCUCGUUUUUCGUUUUCUCUUUGGACUGUUUGUUUGCAAAGAAAAAAAAGAAAAGAGAGAGAAAGAGGGGGAAACUGACAUUUUUGCUCGCGUUUAUGUCAGCUGCACCUUGAUCCCGGGGACUGUCGCCAACUCAGUGCAGCCUCUCAUCCUGCGCUUCCCCCCUCUUUCAUCGUUUCUCACGCUGUUCAUCUUCACACAGCUGCUGCUUCCCCACUCCGUUUUCCUUCUGGAGUCGCUGACACGAGGUGCAGCUAACCUCGGAUGCUGACAGCUCCCGGCCUCCCUUUAUUCUUUCUUUCUUUCUUUUUUUCCCUUCCACAUGUCGCAUCUUUUGUUUACUUUGAGAAACACGCCGCAACUAAACGCCGAGUGAAACAGACCACGCUACUUUGCUCGUUCUGACAGCGCGAUCAAACAGACAAGCAAGAGGAGGGGAGGCAGGAGGGGAAAAGAAGAAGAAGAAGAGAGAGAGUGAAAGGAGGGAGCCGAGGAGAGGAGGAGAGAGAGAGGGGGGAGAGAGUGAGUGAGAGAUAGAGACAGUGUGAAGGUGCGUUUUGAUGUUUGGCAUCCACGAGAGCAUCCAGAGGAGUGGGAGUAGUAUGAAAGAAGAGCCCAUGGUGGCCGGGAUGAACGCGGUUCGGACAUGGAUGCAGGGCGCCGGGGUGCUGGACGCCAACACAGCCGCCCAGAGCGGAGUGGGUCUCGCUCGGGCACACUUCGAGAAACAGCCGCCCUCCAACCUCCGCAAGUCCAACUUCUUCCACUUCGUCCUGGCUUUGUACGACAGACAGGGUCAGCCUGUGGAAAUAGAGAGAACCACUUUCGUCGACUUUGUAGAGAAGGAAAAGGAAAUGACGGGGGAAAAGACCAACAAUGGGAUCCAUUAUAGACUUCAGCUCCUCUACAGUAACGGGAUCAGGACGGAGCAGGACUUGUAUGUUCGUCUCAUUGACUCUAUGACUAAACAGGCCAUUGUUUAUGAGGGCCAGGACAAAAAUCCAGAGAUGUGUCGGGUGCUGCUGACCCAUGAGAUCAUGUGCAGUCGAUGCUGCGAUAAGAAGAGUUGUGGCAACAGGAACGAGACCCCAUCAGACCCUGUCAUCAUCGACAGGUUCUUCCUCAAGUUCUUCCUGAAGUGUAACCAGAACUGCCUGAAGAAUGCAGGGAACCCUCGAGACAUGAGGCGUUUUCAGGUGGUUGUGUCGACUACGGUGAGCGUGGAGGGUCACGUUCUGGCCGUCUCCGACAACAUGUUUGUGCACAAUAACUCAAAACACGGGCGCCGAGCUCGGAGGCUGGACCCGUCAGAAGGAACGCCAUCCUACCUGGAACACGCAACCCCCAGCAUCAAAGCCAUCAGCCCUAGUGAAGGCUGGACCACAGGGGGCGCAACAGUCAUCAUCAUCGGGGACAACUUCUUUGACGGCCUACAGGUCAUCUUUGGGACAAUGCUGGUCUGGAGUGAGCUCAUCACCCCCCAUGCCAUCCGCGUCCAGACUCCACCCAGACACAUCCCCGGGGUGGUGGAAGUCACACUCUCCUACAAAUCCAAACAGUUCUGCAAAGGCACACCUGGACGCUUCAUCUACACAGCGCUGAACGAGCCAACCAUAGACUACGGCUUCCAGAGGUUACAGAAGGUCAUUCCCAGACACCCUGGAGAUCAAGAGAGAUUACCUAAGGAGGUGAUUUUAAAGAGAGCGGCAGAUCUGGUGGAGGCCUUGUACGGGAUGCCUCACAAUAACCAGGAGAUGAUUCUGAAACGAGCAGCGGAUAUCGCGGAGGCCCUCUAUACAACAGUCCCAAGAGGGCACAACCAGCUAGCCAGUCUUGGCAGCAGCUCUGUUCAUGCUGGCAUGAUGGCAGUAAACUCUUUCACCGGGUCAGAGGUGGCACAAACAGCCAAUCAGGGUUUCAGUAGGAGUACAAGCAGUGUGUCCCCUCAUGGUUAUGUCCCCAGCUCUACUCCCCAGCAGAGUAGCUACAGCUCUGUCUCCACUAGCAUGAAUGGCUACGCUAACUCUGGCAUGGCAACCUUGGGCACCUCGCCCAACUUCCUCAAUGGAUCUGCAGGCAACUCGCCUUAUGCUAUCGUCCCGUCCAGCCCGACGAUGGCGUCGUCGACCAGCCUGCCCUCCAACUGCAGCAGCUCCUCUGGCAUCUUCUCCUUCUCUCCAGCUAACAUGGUGUCUGCAGCCGUCAAGCAGAAGAGCGCAUUUGCCCCCGUUGUCCGACCCCAGAAUUCCCCUCCUCCCACGUGCACCAGCGCUAAUGCUAACAGCCUGCAAGAUCAGUCUUUUGUGGACUCUAGCAAGUACUCAUCAGCCAGCUCUCUGCAGGGCCUGGCCUUCUCCUGAACAGCGAUUCCCGGGAUGAUCGUUCCACCCAUGUAGAGGAUCUGGGAUAGCUGGAGAUUUGGGAAUGUUGAGAGGAAAAAAAAGACAGUAGCGGAGUCUGGUGAGUCUCUGUUAUGCUGCAGAGCUAAAGUGAAGGAAGUCAAGAUAAAGACGCAGGACUCUGUUAAACUCAGGCCUUUCCAUUGGGAUUUCAUCUGAAGGCGAUAGGAGAGAAAGAAAAAGGGGACAAUAUGAACCUUUUGUGAUGUUAUUUCCCUCUUGGUUGAAAUAGUGUAGCUUCUCUGACACCAUGUUGGAUGGAGUGUAUAGAGACUGAUAGUUUGCCCACAGUGUGACACUGACCUCAUGAAAAGAGCAUUUAUUUAUCUUUGUGUUUAUGCCUGUAAGGUUUGGGUUUGAUUACUGGAGGCCCCCACGCCGCCUUGCAAUCCAUAACUCGCACAAACAACAGCGAAGUGUUGGUUUGGCCAUGAAGUUUACAAUAACUUCAGUCACAAACAAAGGAGCUUUCCUUACCGUUUCCGCCUCUCUAAAACCGCAGAGCGACACAGUGGCCAAAUGGAGAAGGAAAAAAAAAGUUCAGCAACACAGAAAAAAAUAGAAAAUCAACCAUUGAUUUUGCUGCUAAUUUUCCAAUAAAUCUUAAAAAUUGUCUAGCAAAACUGCCCCAAGCUGUUUAAACAUCACGCCUUGCUUUUAUUUUAUUUUAUUUUAUUUUUUUAAAUCUCUCUCUCUCUCAUUUUGGUUGGUUUGUUUGAAUUUUAAUAAAACUGUGAGGAUAGAGCUGUUUGCAAUAUGCUUUUUCUGCUUGACAUGUGAAGACAAGGUGACGAUGAGAAUUUAGCCAAAACUGACGAGGUUUUUAGUGAAGACUUGAAAAGCCAGAGGAUGUGUGUGCGUCCAGCCAGCACUGUAACUGAAGGAGCCUAGCAAAUAUCAAAUUAGAAUAAAUGCGUGAUAUAUGUGAUAUAUUUUUGUAUAUAUAAAAAAAAUGUUCAUUUUGGGGUUUUUUUCACUUCUUUACUCUUUUUUUUUGCGAUAGCUCUAGUUUGAAAUGUAAACAUUAAAUGUCUUAAGGCAGCUUCUCAGUACAGAAGAUAGAUUUACUGCGUCUUGUCAAUAUCUCAUUUGCUAAACAUGAGAAACAUGGGUUUGGAUACAAAAAGGGGAUCCCUGUAAAAUACCCUAUAAAUAAUGUAUUUAUCCCUUGUAUUUGUACAUUGACUCUCACCCUCGUUUAGUUGUGUUGUGUAAGUUUAAUACAGUAAGUGAACACUUUUCGCAGUGUUUCGUUUCAUUAUUUGCUGUUGUCUCUCACUAUUUAAAUGUGACUUUUUUUUAAUCUUUGUUCCUUUUUGUUUUUUGUAUGUUGUUUUGCAUCAGUAUGCCAUGCUUCUGUUUGUUGAUUCAAAACAUGCCAUUGUCUAUUUUUGUAUUAUUUGUAAGUUAAUAAAAAAAUCUUUUUUUUUUCCUUAUGAAAAUGUUUAUUGUACGGCAAAAAAAGUAGCAUCCUAUUCAGAGUAUUUCGUUGAAGUAGAUUUUUUAAGAAUAUAAACACACAUUAAUAUAUACUGUAAAUCUAUAUCUUUUUGUUUGAACUCUGAGGCUUUCAGAUUGAUACUGUUCUUGAACUGAUAAUAUGCAUGGGUUCUUCUCUUGAGUGACUCUUUCUUUAUGUGUGUGGAAAACCAAGAGAACAAACAAAUUGCUCUGUUUUUCUUUCUUUGUGUUCCUCUUUUUUGCCUCCCUCCUCUUCCUCCUCCUCCUCUGUUCUUCCCUAUGUUAUUUAUGCCUGCUUACAUACUGUAUCUAUAUACUCUUUCUUUUAUUUCUGUCACUGUAAUCUUUACCAGCAGUCUAGAUGCCUUAACAAUGCAAACCCAUUCUUCAUUCAAUCAUGUGUACAGUUUUUCUACCCUCACCACAAUUGUCUGUUGCCACAGAGGAAUUCAUGAGAACUUGGGGACAAAGCACAAACCCACUCUGUUUGGUGGUAAAGCCAGACUAGAAUACAAAGAGCCAUAAUUCAACAAUCACACACACACACACACACCCCGAUGUACUAUAAUACUGCAGCAAUGGCACGCUUUGAAGGACAAGUCGGAGCGGCCUUUCUCAGCUGUGCUUCCUGCACGUUCGGAGAAACACUUUUUGUAGCAAUUAUGUAGCUUUUUUUUAAUGAUUUUGGCAGCAUGAUAGUAACAUUUCUCAUCAACCACAGGAUCACAACAGUACGACAACACAUGGCUGUUUUUAUUGUAGUACAGAGGGGCGCACAGUGAAGACAAGCGCUGCCACAGCACAAUUUUAAUCUCUACACAGAGUUGUAGGUCUGACUCCAGUAUCCGACAGUCAACCCAGCCCCCAGUCCUUCACCGUCUGUAUUGGCCUUUGGACAAUACAGCUUCAUUUCAAGCUAAACAAGACUAAAAAGAACAUGUGAUGAACCACAAAAGGGAGCUCCUUGGCCCAUCAGACAUUUCUGUAGUCUUUUUUUUUCUUUUUUUUUCGUGUCUGUCGUGUGUCUUCAAGCUGUUGCUGGACAGAGAAUAGGGCUUUUUCUCUCUCUGCUUUUUCUUUUCUAGAGCCUGGUUUUGUUAAGGGGGUAGAAAGGACCGUUUUAACAGAGGCGCCUGCUGACAGACGAGUGUUUUUCAGGCACUUGUGUGCCUGUGCCGGUCUGGGCCAGGGCGGGAGGGGCCGCAGCAUAUCUGUUUCAAAUGAACUACAGAGGUCUGUUGUCAUACAAUGGCAUCUUUGUAAGCAAAAGUUCCAUCCCAAAUAUGAGUAUCAGUAAUGGGUGACAAAGUUUUUGUAUUUAGGUAACAAACAACAAAAAAAGAAGAAGAUGCAAACCAAAUAGCUGGUGUCUAUUUUUUCCUCUGUUUGUCUUUGACUGCAAAUACACUGAACAGCUCUAUGAUAUAAGGGAAGAAAAAAAAAUCUACUGUAUAGAUUGUUAUUGUUUUUGAUGAAAAUUGAGCUGUAAGAUAACUUUUGGAAUCUCACAAUGUUGAAUUAAAGUUACCUCUUGUCUGUGACUUUGUCAGGUGUCCUUUUAUUUCAAAAUAUGCCUCAUUCCUGAUUUAUUUUAUGUUACCGGUUUUCUCUGGGCUUUUUUUUUUUCACUGAAAAUGUCUUCUCCAAUUAGCUGACAGGCAGCUGACUAAGAAUAGAGGAGGAACGGCUACGGCUUAUUCCACAGGUCAGAAACAGGCCUGCAUCCUUUCCCCUGCUCGGCUCCUUUCUCUAAUGAAUCUAAUUCAUUAAUGCAUUACUGAUGGCAUGGUGAACAUGGUUAGCCUGACAAGUUUCCUCCUAAACAUAUUAGUUAAUGAUGAUUCCAAGGUUAUUAAUUGCAAAGGCACCAGCCCACCAUAAUUGAGUCAUCAUUUGCAUACCCGGUCAUCAGCAGAAAAUUAAUUUCUUUUUUAUUUUUUGCAUAUCUAAUUUAGAAGGCUGCGAUUGGAUUAGCUCGUGAAAACAGCAGAACACCAGGAUUCUGCUGACCUCAAAGUAUUCCAGGGUCUCCUCGGUAACUGGAGGCUUCCGCAACACCAAGGGGCGGUGAGGGGGGAAAGCAAGACGACCUGGAAGUACUGAUGAAAUAAGGGCUCGUAAACACUGCAUGUGCUUGUGUGUGUUUGCCUCCCUAAUUGCCUAAAGGUUCAUAACAACACACAGUCUUUUUUUCCUCUCUCUACUAAGUCUAAUAACAGAGUUGAUAGUUUGCUGACAAACAGUAAAGUGGGUGGCGGCGUGCAUGAUUUAGCAGUAAGAGGUGGGAUAUUGAAUUAUGGAGGUUGCACACUUAGUCCCGAGGAAAAUGAGUCCUGGAGCCUAAUGUUUUUGAUUAGCAAGCCGAGCACCAAUGCUGCGUUGCACCGAGGGAUUCGGCUUCCCCUAAAUGUAGCUUGCAGUGCAGCACAUAUACACACCUACACACACUGAAACACGCACACACUCAUAAAUCAUAAAUACACAUAGACAAAAGGUGAACGCAUUUUGCUCUUUAUUUCCAGCUGCUUUUCAGGCCCCAGAUAGACUGGUCAGUGUGGGAGGAGGACAAUAGGAGUGGGAGGCCGAGGGCAGCAUGGAGCCAGCAGACCUCAGCCCUCUGGAGACGUAACAUUAAAGACGCUAUUCCUGGAGAACUACUCCACUGGAUAGAGCCGGCAGAGCCCUCGCACAUCAAGAGAGGUGCUGUUCAGGAGCUUCUGUGCUACUAGUACCCUAAUGAAAUAUAUUAAUGCACACAUUCCUCGCUCUCCUACUCCACCUCCUUCUUUUUUCUCAUUCUCUUCCCUGCAUGGACACAUGAAGGGAGGAAGAGCGGAGAGAUGUAUUUGAAAGAAAAACAGGAGUCCCCAUGGGGAUCUCGGAUAAAGAAGAGGAAAGGAAAGAAAUGGAAAGGAGAGAGGAUGUGAGUGUGUGUGUAGGGGGAUAUUCAGAAUGGAGGCAAGGCUUAGACAGCGAACAAAACACAAGGAGAGGAGGGAUGAAUAUUAAUAAUAUUCUGUGUUGGAAAAUAGUCACAAUGGACAUCAUUGAAAGACGCAGAGAGGCAACGGGAAGCGAGAGCCAUCCCCGGCCUUACUUACUGAGCGUGUGCGCACCUUCCCGCAUGCGCACGAACACGCCUGCCAUAUUUGAGCACACCUCGAACAAGUGUGUACUCACAGUCGGGUUUUGCGCGCCCGCUUGCGAGGGUGUGUGGUCGUUUCCCACAGUAAUUAUCCCGAUGACUGUGGGUGUCUGUCUAUGAUCUGUGUGGUACCUGUCAGAGGGAGCCCAGCAGAGCCCGUGCUUUAUAUUCCCUGUAAUUGCUGCUGCUAAUUUACUGUGCGUUGGCCUAAUGAGUAGGGAGGUGAGGGGCUGGGGUAUGUAAUGGAUGUUAGAGAGAUAGAGAUAGAGAGAUGGAUUUCACCACUGGCGGCACACAGAGAGGGAAGAGGGGAG